CUUCGAAUCGACUACACUUACUGCUGAUCGCUGCUGACGAUUGUUGUUAAAAGUUGCAGAACGUUUUAUUUCCUCCUCUUUUACAAGAACAUGCACCAGUGGGUCUCUUCAUCGUUUGGCGAUUUUGAGGAGCAGGGCACCACUACCAAGGGCAAAGGUCAAAGUUCAGGGAAGCAUGGUCUAACCAGCAAAGGUCAGGACAGGAGAAAGAGGCCAAGGGUAGAAGACAGGAAGGCAGGGAAGACACAGAGCUGGUCGCAGAAGAAAAAGUUCCUAGAAGGACAAACAUGGGCUGAAAGACACGCACCUCAGUCUGUGGCUGAUUUAGCAGUUCACAAGAAGAAGAUCCAAGAGGUCCAGGAUUGGUUGACCUUUCACACCAAGCAGAGAGGACAGACAAAGCAACAUACAAAAGCCCCAUUGCUGCUAUUAACAGGACCAGCAGGAGCUGGCAAGACAGCAACCCUGACCGUCCUGUCAAAGGAGCUUGGUCUAGAGCUACAGGAAUGGUCUAAUCCAAUCACAGAAGCUUUCAAGACUGACCAAGAUACAGAUUAUAGAUCAGAUUUCUACACAAGGAAUGAGUCCCAGGUGAAACAGUUCCAGGACUUUCUGAAGCGAGCCAACAGGUACCCCGCCCUCAGUCUGGUAGGAGAGCGAGAGGAAAGAGCCAAGAAAGUGGUUUUGGUUGAAGACAUUCCAAAUGCGUUCUACCGUGAUCCGUCCAGCCUACAUGCCGUCCUGACAAGAUUCAGCCACAUGGGACGUAGUCCUCUCGUAUUUAUAGUGAGUGAUAGUCAUGGUGGAAAGUCCAACGUCCUCUCUCUCUUCCCUUCUGAUGUUCAAGACAACUUGGCUGUCCAUAAUAUUAGUUUUAAUCCUGUUGCGCCAACCAGCAUGACGAAGACAAUGACCAGAAUAGCCACAGCAGAAGCAGCAAAGGCAAGGCAUAAAUUUUAUGUCCCUUCCAAGUCUACAAUAGAAGCACUUGCAGCAGCAAGUUCGGGUGAUAUCCGAGGUGCUAUAAAUGCCCUCCAGUUUUCAUGUCUCAAAGGCACUGACAGUCUCCAGAGGUUAUCACAAAAGUCAUCAUCGUCUUUACAGUCAUCAUGGUCAUCGACCCCCUCAUCAUCAUCCUCUUCAUCGUCCAUGGGUAGCAGUCAGUGGAAAGACCGGAGGAAGCAUGCCAGGGGGAGUAAAGAUGAUGAAGAAGACAAAAGAUUGGCAGCUAUUGGAGGAAGAGAUACCUCGCUUUUUCUUUUCAGAGCACUUGGAAAAGUUCUUUAUUGUAAAAGAGAGCCGAAGACAGACAGUGAUCCGGUAUUACCCCCUCAUCUUAACCAUCAUGAGAGAGACAGGCUCAUCAUGAACCCUGAGGAACUUAUUGAAAGGACGCACAUGAGCAGUGAGAACUUUACACUCUACCUUCAUCAGAAUUACCUAGACUUCUACACUAACUUUGAAGACGUCGUAGAGGGCAGCAGAUACCUCAGUGAUACUGACUUCCUAACGUGUGAAUGGACGCAUCGUACAACAAUGCGUGAGUACAGCUCCUCUGUAGCAGUGCGUAGUCUGGUUCAUUACAACUCAAGUAGAAGCAGAUGUAACCAAGACGGUGGAUCAGGAGGAGGGGGUAGAGGGUGGAAACCUCUUCAUAAACCUGAAUGGUUUGAAGUCUCUAGAAAGUAUCGAGAGAGCUGUGCGGCAGCCAAGGGCCUGUUCAUUGGACAUUGCUGGACACCAUUAGAUCUUCAGACUCAACUCUUGCCUUACCUAGCAUUAAUCAAUGUUCCUCUGAAAAAUCCAGGACAAUUUGCUUUCCUCCAAGAUGUCACUAGAUUCUCAAAUCGUAAGCAAAUGAGAAAAUGGCCCAAGAAGCUCGAUGAGAAGGACAUUGAUGAUGCUAGCCUGGAGGAGGAUUUCCCAAGCUCACAAAGUUCAGUGACCUCCUCCCAGAACAGCCGACCCAAGCUGACCUUGAACAGUCAAAACACAGACGCCUUGGAUGAUGCAGCCGUUCACGAGGAUGAAGAUGAUGAAGAAAUUAUCAUUGAAGAUUUUGAUGACGAUUUUGUUUGAUUUAGCCAUCCCCGAGUCUACUCACAUCAUAAUCGUUCUACUCAUGACACAGAUGCCUUGAAUGAUGCAGCCAUUCACCUUGAUGAGGAUGAUGAAGAAAUCAUUGAAUAUUAUGAUGAUUGUUAUUUGAUUUGGUCAACUGUUCAAUGCCCAACCCACAUAAUAGUCGUCUUAGUCGUAAAACAGAAGCCUUGGAUGAUGUAGCCAUUCAUGAGGAUGAGGAUGAUGAAGAAAUCAUCAGUGAAGAUUAUGAUGAUUAUGUUUAAUCUUGUCAUCAAUGGCCUGCUCACAGAGUCAGCCCCCUUCCAUCGUCCAAUUAGGGUUCAGAUUAUAAUUAUUGAAAUUCACAUUUCAGUUUAAUAAGGUGCACCCAAGAUAAUAAAUCAAAGCAAUGUAAAAGUAAAUGAAGUUUGAGAAUUAAAAUGUAAAUGUAAAGUGCCUUUCUCACUCUGUGGUUAAGAUUUUGAUAGUGAUAAGAUGUCAAGUGGAAUAUGAAAAUUACAUGAAUAUUGCUGAAAAUGCCAUGUAUAAGGGUAAAUACAUUUAUCGUGAAAUGAAAAUUUUGAGAAAAAUAUCCAUGAUGAAAUGGUUUAUGUUAUACUGGACUCCUCCCCAUGAGCUAAUGGGGAAUUGAAUGAUGUAAUGUAUCAUUCUCAUACUAUGAGACUCCUGCUUUAUUCAGUGCUAAAUGUCCUCAUUGGUCCUCAACAAUCUAAUAUAUAUAGUAUUUGUCACACUUGGCCUCUUUAUUUAUAUACAUUUUUGUCUCACCUGCGAAGCAAAGUGAGACUAUAGGCGCCGCUUUUCCGACGGCGACA